UGCACAUCGACGUCGACGCAGCUCUGCCCUCCUCCCCACCCCGCCGCCAUGUCGUCCACAGCCGAGACCACCAUCGGCCAGCCCGUCGUCCCGGACAAGAUCCCCACCGGCGAGUAUCCUCUCAUCGACAAUGACCCCCACUUCUCCCGCGUCAUACGAUACACGCGCCCGUCCGACUGGCUCACGGGCGCCGCCGUCGGCGCCCUCUCCCCCGGCCUGAUGCUCUACUGGGAGCGCGUGUCGCCCUCGUUCGUGGGCAAGGGCGGCUUCGCGCCCGUGAUGCGCAUGUCGUGUGCAGUCGGCCUCACGGGCGCCUUCCUCUUUGCCUACUCCCGGACGACGUCCCGCUUCUACGGCGCCCGCGAGAACCGCCGCGAGAUCGACAUGGACAUGCGCGAGAUGGUCGCCAAGGUCAAGAAGGGCGAGCCGCUGUACGGCAAGAGCGAGCUCACCGAGCACAUGCAGGGCGUCGCCCACCGGAACUCGCGGUAUGCCGGUGUCUUCAGCCAUGUCAUCCCGUGGCCCAACUUUGUGCACCACCCGUACCACGGCGUCGACACGGCCAAGUACUACCGCCAGGCCGAGCUGGAGCUGGAGCAGGAGAGGCAGAGGUCGUAGAAGGGGAAACCAAAGGCAAAUUCAAACGUUUCUUUGAGUCGAGUCGCGCAGUGGCAGCUGUACAUAAAGUAAGGGCCAAACCAGUCAGGUGUAUCAACAUUUCUUCCGUCUCGUUACCCGCUCGUAUACACACAAAACCCCACAGUCGUGCUCCCGCUUUUACUUAGCUAGUUGCCAACUUACCCAGCACCUCCUCCUUCCCAAAAUGCAGCAUCUUCCAUCGACUAAUCCAAUCAUCCCUAUUG